AGCUUAGUGUGUUUGGGGCCCCAUGUAAAAUAGAAGGUAGUAGAGAGAGGAGUCAGCUCGGUAAGAUAAGUUGGCAUGCUGUCCUGUUUAUCGGAGGGAUGUGAGGCGCAGAGCGAAGGCUCAGCCAGGAAGGAAUGAGCAGAGUCAUCGGGCCUCUGUAACACGACGCUCCGUCUUGAUUGCCUGUAGCAGCUGGGCAGCCACCGUAUCCGUGCGAGCGUGUGCGUCUCCUCACAUCUCCUCCUAGGGAAACCCCGGUGUGGCGGUAUCCCUUCGCGAUGCGAAGAUGGCGACCCUGCUCCCUCCCCCAGGCACCGAUGCGUUCCGCCGCUUCACCCAGGAAUCGCUGGCGGAGAUCGAGAGGCUCACGGAGGAAAGAAAAAAGGCCGCAGAAGUAGAGGGCCAUGAGGAGGAAGAGCCAACGGCCCCACACGCUGAUCUGGAGGCGGGCAAGAGUCUGCCCAUGAUCUACGGAGACCCUCCACCAGAGCUGCUCAACACACCUCUGGAGGACCUGGACCCCUUCUACAAAGCACAGAAAACAUUCAUUGUGAUCAGCAAAGGAAACACAAUCUACAGGUUCAAUGCUGAACCGGCUUGCUACAUUCUGAGCCCCUUUAGUCUGGUUAGAAGAGGAGCCAUCAAAAUUCUCAUACAUUCAUUAUUUAGCAUGUUCAUCAUGAUUACAAUUCUAUCGAAUUGUGUAUUCAUGACGAUGAGCAACCCACCAGCAUGGAGUAAAACUGUUGAGUAUGUUUUUACUGGUAUCUAUACCUUUGAGGCAACAGUCAAAGUGUUGUCUAGAGGUUUCUGUGUUGGAUCUUUUACAUUCCUUCGAGAUCCAUGGAAUUGGCUGGAUUUCAUGGUGAUCAGCAUGGCAUACAUCACUGAGUUUGUUGACCUUGGCAAUGUGUCAGCCCUCAGGACAUUUCGUGUACUUCGAGCCCUUAAAACAAUUACUGUGAUUCCUGGUUUGAAAACCAUCGUGGCCGCUUUGAUCCAGUCAGUGAAGAAAAUGGUGGACGUCAUGAUUCUGACGGUCUUUGCUCUUGCUGUUUUUGCCCUUGUUGGGCUUCAACUUUUCAUGGGAAAUCUGCGUCACAAAUGUGUGCGAUGGCCCAUCGAAAUAAAUGAAACUGCAUUUGAAUUUUUUAACACCACCACCACAUUUAAUGACACAGUGUCCUUCAAUAACACCAUGGGUGUAAAUGACACAACAUAUUCCAACAGUACUUUCAAUUUCACUGAAUAUAUUGAAAACACAGAGAAUCACUAUUAUUUGGAAGGCAGUCUGGAUGCUCUUCUUUGUGGAAACAGCUCUGAUGCUGGAAAGUGCCCAGAAGGAUACACAUGCAUGAAGGCUGGGAGGAACCCCAACUUUGGCUACACCAGUUUUGAUUCUUUUGGCUGGGCCUUCCUGGCCCUCUUCAGACUCAUGACCCAGGACUACUGGGAGAACCUUUUCCAGCUGAUCCUGCGGGCAGCUGGUAAGACAUACAUGCUGUUCUUUGUGGUGAUUAUCUUUCUGGGCUCCUUCUACCUCAUCAACCUCAUCCUGGCUGUGGUAGCCAUGGCUUAUGAUGAACAGAAUCAGGCAACUCAGCGAGAGGCCAUAGAGAAAGAGGAGGAGUUCCAGCGGCUACUAGAGCAACUCAAGAAUCAGGAACAGGCUCAAGCUCUUGGGAGCCGAGCCACUCUAACCAGUAAGAAGUCGCUCAGUCAUCACACCAUAUCUGAGUUCGCAGAUGAUGAACGGAGCCUUGAACAUGAUGAAAUUAUCAAGGAUUGUAAUGGGAGACUCAUUCCCCGUCUGAUGAUCAGAUCGCCCACCAUGGUCAAGUCUACUGCAGAUUAUGAACUCGGAGAGAAGUCAUUAAGCUCUGAGCACAGCAUGCUUCAUCUGGAUGAACCAGGCCUGACACAGAGAUCUGCUAGUGCCAUGACUGUGCUCACUGCUGUAUUGGAAGAGUUAGAGGAUGCUCAGAGGCCGUGCCCACCUGGCUGGUACAAGUUUGCCGACAUGUUCCUGAAGUGGGACUGCUGCGUGCACUGGGUGGUCUUUAAAAAGUGGGUGCACUUUGUGGUGAUGGACCCUUUUGUUGACUUGGCCAUCACCAUCUGCAUUGUGCUCAACACCCUCUUCAUGGCCAUGGAGCACUACCCCAUGACCCCAGAGUUUGACUACAUGCUCUCAGUGGGGAAUCUGGUUUUCACUGGAAUCUUCACAGCGGAAAUGUUCUUCAAGCUUAUCGCCAUGGAUCCCUACUACUACUUUCAAGUUGGCUGGAACAUUUUCGACAGCAUCAUCGUCACUCUCAGUCUGGUGGAGUUGGGGCUGGCAAAUGUCCAGGGGCUGUCUGUCCUUAGGUCCUUCCGUCUGCUUCGUGUUUUCAAACUAGCCAAGUCCUGGCCCACGCUCAACAUGCUGAUCAAGAUUAUUGGUAACUCAGUAGGAGCUUUAGGAAACCUGACUUUGGUGCUGGCCAUCAUCGUCUUUAUUUUCGCCGUGGUGGGUAUGCAGCUCUUUGGCAAGAGCUAUAAGGACUGCGUGUGCAAGAUCUCCUUAGACUGCGAGCUGCCACGCUGGCACAUGAAUGACUUCUUCCACUCGUUCCUCAUCGUGUUCCGCAUCCUGUGCGGGGAGUGGAUCGAGACCAUGUGGGACUGCAUGGAGGUGGCCGGAGCUGGGAUGUGUUUACUUGUCUUCAUGAUGGUCAUGGUCAUUGGAAAUCUAGUGGUGUUGAACCUCUUCCUGGCCUUGCUGCUCAGCUCAUUCAGUGGAGACAACCUCUCAGCAGGGGACGACGACGGAGAGAUGAACAAUCUCCAGAUUGCCAUUGGCAGGAUCACACGGGGCAUUGACUGGUUCAAAGCGUUCAUCAUUCGAACGGUCCUGCACAUUCUUGGCAGAAAGCCCGAGGAACCUGAGGAGGGUCCGAUGGACGACGAGGACCCUAAAACGGAGGGAAUUGAAAUGAAUCACUUGGACACCAGCCAGAAUUUCAUAAUGGCAGAUGGGAUAUCUAAUUGUUUGGUUGAAGGCCGGCCUUCUGGAUUUAUUGUGGAUGGAGAGGUCAGCCUCAAUGUGCCAAUCGCCCAGGGAGAGUCAGACUUUGAAAACCUGGGCGAGGAUGAUGAGGAUGAUGCAGAUAUUGCUAAUGACUCAGAGAUUUCAGAUGAGAGAAAUAACCAACAUUACUUGGAAAACUUUGAAGAUGAAAUUAGUAGUCCUAUGCUGGGAAAUGUCAAACUGAUGGGUGCUUUGAAUGAUGGGGAUUCUUCAGUGUGUAGCACAGUGGACUAUCAGCCACCUGAGCCUGAACCAACAGAAGUGGAAAUUGAAGAGCCAGACCCCGUGGAGCCAGAGGCCUGCUUCACUGACAACUGUGUGAAGCGCUGGCCGUGUCUGACUGUUGACAUCACCCAAGGUAAAGGCAAGAAAUGGUGGAACCUCCGUAGGGCUUGCUUCACUAUUGUGGAGCAUGACUGGUUUGAAACCUUUAUAAUCUUUAUGAUCCUCCUUAGCAGUGGAGCUCUGGCCUUUGAAGACAUAUACAUAGAAAGACGCCGAACCAUCAAAAUUAUUCUGGAGUUUGCUGACAAAGUUUUCACCUACGUCUUUAUCAUUGAGAUGGUCCUUAAAUGGGUCGCAUAUGGCUUCAAGACCUACUUCACCAACGCUUGGUGUUGGUUAGACUUUUUCAUUGUAGAUAUUUCCCUGAUUAGUUUAGUUGCCAACUGGAUGGGCUACUCUGACCUUGGACCAAUCAAAUCCCUCAGAACUCUCAGGGCACUAAGGCCUCUGCGAGCACUGUCAAGAUUCGAAGGGAUGAGGGUGGUGGUGAAUGCUCUUGUUGGAGCAAUUCCCUCCAUCUUCAAUGUUCUGCUGGUGUGUCUGAUCUUCUGGCUCAUCUUCAGCAUCAUGGGAGUUAACCUGUUUGCUGGGAAGUUCUACCGCUGCAUCAACACCACCACAGAGGAGCUUUUCCCCAUGACUGAGGUCAACAACAGGAGCGACUGCAUGGCCAUCAAAGAAGCCACGCAGGAGGCCCGCUGGGUCAACGUCAAAGUCAACUAUGACAACGUGGGACAAGGCUACCUGUCCCUACUUCAAGUGGCAACUUUUAAAGGCUGGAUGGACAUCAUGUAUGCUGCUGUUGACUCAAGAGAGGUAGAGGAGCAACCUUCUUAUGAGAUCAACCUCUAUAUGUACAUAUACUUUGUCAUUUUUAUCAUCUUUGGCUCUUUCUUCACACUCAACCUCUUCAUUGGUGUCAUUAUUGACAAUUUCAACCAACAAAAGAAAAAGUUUGGAGAUAAAGACAUCUUCAUGACUGAGGAACAGAAAAAGUACUACGAGGCCAUGAAGAAACUUGGUUCCAAGAAGCCACAGAAGCCAAUUCCACGUCCAACUAACCUAAUCCAGGGAAUGGUGUUUGACUUCAUCAGUCAGCAGUUCUUUGACAUCUUCAUCAUGGUGCUCAUCUGCCUCAAUAUGGUGACCAUGAUGGUGGAGACAGACAACCAAAGUGCAGAGAAGGAAGAUUUCCUCUUUAAAGUAAACUUGGCUUUCAUUAUUGUUUUCACCGGAGAGUGUGUGUUGAAGCUCUUUGCCCUGCGACAAUACUUCUUCACUAAUGGAUGGAACAUUUUUGAUUUUGUUGUGGUCAUCUUGUCCAUAGCUGGUACAAUGCUCUCAGACAUAAUCGAGAAGUACUUUGUGUCACCAACUCUGUUCAGAGUGAUCAGACUGGCCAGAAUAGGCAGGAUUCUGCGUCUCAUUAAAGGAGCUAAGGGCAUUCGGACACUUCUCUUCGCCCUAAUGAUGUCACUUCCUGCCCUAUUCAAUAUUGGUCUCCUGCUCUUCCUCAUUAUGUUCAUCUUCUCCAUAUUUGGCAUGUCAAACUUUGCCUAUGUCAAAAAGGAGGCUGGAAUCGAUGAUAUAUUUAAUUUUGAGACAUUUGGUGGUAGCAUUAUCUGCUUGUUUGAGAUUACAACAUCAGCUGGCUGGGAUGGGCUUUUACUUCCAAUGCUGAACAAGGAGUAUCCAGACUGUGAUCCAGACUUCGAAAACCCAGGCACAGGUGUAAAGGGUAACUGUGGCAACCCGGGCAUGAGCAUGAUCUUCUUUUGCAGCUACAUCAUCAUCUCAUUCUUAGUAGUGGUCAACAUGUAUAUCGCCAUCAUCUUAGAGAACUUCAAUGUGGCGCAGGAGGAGAGUGGUGAUGCACUCUGUGAGGAAGACUUUGAGAUGUUCAAUGAGACUUGGGAGAAGUUUGACUUAGAUGGAACUCAGUUCAUUGAGUAUAGCCGUCUCUCAGAUUUUUGUGAUGCCUUGCAGGAGCCAUUGCGGGUUGCCAAGCCCAACCUGCUUCGCCUGAUUGAAAUGGACCUGCCCCUGGUCAUUGGGGACAGGAUCCACUGCCUGGAUGUCUUGUUGGCCGUCACACAGAUGGUCUUGGGAGACUCGGUGGAGAUGGUGGCAAUGCGGGAGAGCAUUGAGGCUAAGUUCAUCCUGAACAACCCCACCUCAGACUCCUUUGCACCGAUUACCACAACGGUGCGCCACAAAGAAGAGCAGAGGGCUGCUGUAGUCAUUCAGAGGGCUUACCGCAACCACCUACUGAAACGCUGCAUACGCCACGCCGCUUUUAUUCACUGCUGUAAGAGGAAGGGUAGAAAGGACGAAGGUGAAGAUCCACCAGAAAAAGAAGGGAUGCUCGCACGAAGGAUGGGAGUGCUAUAUGGGAGCAAUGUGGACGUUGCAGAGGAGAUGGAGCAGGCUGCUUUAGAAACUCUAGCAAGCCAUCAGUCUCCUAAUUCCGAGAUAUUAUCACAUUACACAGGGGCCCAGUGUGGUCCAGAACCCCUUGAGCCAAAUAUCAUGGUUGUACCUGUAGAAAUUACUAAUGAGGUUUUAUUACAUUCUGCCCCCAACCAACACUUCUUGACCCUACUACAGGCAAACCUUAGAGAGUCAAUUGUAUAACAAACAGCAGAGGACACUUAAUUUUGUCUUCCCCCUGUUGUUUUUCACCAGUCAAGGAAGUAGUGUUAGCAGUUGAUGCAAAGUCUCACUAAUGGAGCUGCAUUUUUCCACAUUAGAUGAAGAGGUUACACAGUGCUAAUGAAUGUUUAAACUGCAUUUUUGAUAAUUAAACUUAACAAACAAUUCCUGUUGCUUCAUGGGUUUAAGUGUCUUUUUGGGUUGUAGAACUGGAGUGCAUGGUUUUCUCUGAUAAUAACCACACAGACAUCAGCAAAUAUAACCACCAUUAAUGCUAAAUAGGAAGGAUAGGUAAAUAACUUAAAAUAAGCAAAUCAACAUCACUUUGUGUAAUGUUAAAUGAGAAUUAAUUUAGCUAUAAAAACAGACAAAAAAUAAUAUGCUAAAAUAUUAAAUUACCAGUUGUACGAGUUUAAUGUAAGUCCCAUUGUAGCACCCUCCUUUCUGUGCCUGUGAUGCUUUUUCUCUGUAUAUUGGUGGGGGUAAAUGGUACUUUAAUUUACAUUUCCAAAUUAAGGGCACAAUUAGAUAUGAUUUCUCAGCAUUUAAAUGUACAAUGGCUUUCAGAGAACUGCAACACUUUUCUUUACACUUACUGUGUAAAAACUUUGGACCAGUAUCUGUGAUGUGUUAGCGUUCAAGUGAAAAAUCAAUCUUGAAAUUUGAUGGUUCCUGUAUUUCUGAAAAGUCCUAGCAUAUUUCAAUAAUUUUUCUAUGAAUAGUCAUUGCCCACAGAGGUCUGAACAUGGAAUUUUCCAAUAGAUUUUAAUGCACGCUAUGGUUAAAGCCUUCAUUUAGGCCAGCAAUAACUUUGCUUUAGGUGUGACUAUUACCAGAAAACCAAACCAUGUGUGCCAGUUCUCUCCCAAAGAGUAACUUGAAAAACACAUGGCAAAACCUGAAUGACCUUUAGGAUUAUAGGAUUUAUGCUGUUUAUGUCAGACACAGUGUGUACAAGCUUGCACAGCAGAUUAUCACUUGACUCUCUGUGUUGCCUUACAUUUCAAAGUGACAAGAUAUCCAGUCUUUCUUGUGAUUUCCUCUGAUAUGACAUGAAUGCUGCACUAUUAUCCAACUCUACAGAGCAAUAUUUGAAAAUUAAAUUUGCAUAUACACGGCACUACUUCAUCAUGAGAGCCACGCUGAAAUUGUACCAUUUCAUGGCUAAAAUGGUUGGGAGUCAUUUCAUUUGUUUUCAUGUUUGAAAAAUUUAACAGAGCAAAAUCCUAUUCCUGCUUACUCUUAAGUCACUUUUAUGUGUAAUCUCAUCAAUGUGAGGGCACUACAUGCUAAUUCUUUCAAUUAGACACUAAAUGAUUUUCUAUGGUGGAGUUAGGUUUGUACAUGAAUAAAUUAAUAACUGAAAAAUAAGGCUUAUCUUGAUCACAUUUAUCCCAGGCUACCCGUGAAACCCUGAUCUCUGUUAUACUUUAUUAGUUAACAAUAACAUGGGCCAGCUAAUGCAGUUAACAUCUGUCCCCGAGUGGCUCGUUCAGAAAGGCCCACUUUAUAUUGCACUAUUUAUAUCCCUUCCAGGUCAAGUUAGAGCAGUUGACUGUGUAAGAGACCUUCCUGUUUUCUAAAAUGACUCCAUCACUGAUAUAUGCAUAUCUUGUAAAUGUUUUGUCUAUUUUUUUCUAUUUUUUGGUCCCCUCAGACAGAUCCCAAAACUCAAAGCAAGCAGUCACUUGCUUUCCAUUUGGUGGGUUUCCAUUUCAGCAUUUAGGUUUAAACGCUAUCUGUGACUGUAAACUUAAAAUCUUAUGUUUACAUUAACAGAACUGCUAAGCUCCUUGUUCAUUUCAGCUGUUUUCUACAUUUGUCUACUAAAUAACAAUAAUUCUAGCAAUAACAUAAAUACUUGCUGUACAUUUUAAAUUAAGUUUUGCCUCAGGUUGGAUCAAGUGCAGAGUUUGUCUUUUGACUUGAUCUUAAAUUAAUCUGAAAAUCUGAAACAUAGCACACACAGCUAAGUGUUGAAUUAGUUAAAUACAUGACUCUGAAUUUAAAGGAAUAGCCCACCUUCCAAUGUGUAGAUAAUCACACCUAUUUACUACAUAUUUGCAAAAAAAGUCUUCCUUUUAGUAAGAAUCUUAAUGUAAAGUGGAUCUAAUCAUCUCAAGUCUGUCCUCAUGUAGAAAGGUUGCUUCACUUGCUGUUGUGUAAGUCUUAACUGAAUUUAAAACGUCUUACUCUGAAUAUAUAUACAUGAAAAAUCUAAGCACUUUUACAGUUUUCUAGUUUGUUUUUUACAAUAGACUAUAGAAGGUUGUCUCUUCUCUUUUUUAUGUGUUCAGCGCUGUUUUAACAUCAACCCUGGGGGAUAAAAAUGUUUCCUCUGCGAGGGGUCUCUUUGUCUUAUCCUGCUGCCGCUGCAUGGCAGUUAUUCCUGUCAGAAGUCUGUAAUGUGACCUGCAGCAAUCCUAUUUGAGAUUGACACACUGCUGCACUACUUAGCUAUAGUCUCCUCUGAUGGUACAGUCGAAUUCACAAGACAGUGUCCUCCUUUUGUUUACAUUUCUAAUGGAGGAAGAGCCAUAUGGGGAGCUUUACUGAUACACCCACAGUCAGUGUUGCCUGUAUAUACAUUUUCUUUUCUUUUUUCCUUCUGUAUUGUAAAUUUAUAUAAUUUUGUUAUUGUAAAAAAAUGUAACUAUAUUGUAAGAAUAAAACACUUCUU